AUCCGCACGGAGGCGAGUGAGAGCGGCCUGCCGGCGGAAUGGGAAGAGCAGCGGAGGAGGGAAAAGGAAAGGAGGAAGCGAGUCCUCGGAGAAGGAAAGGAGGGCGUUGAGCAGGACAAGCGCGAGCUAAGAAGAAUCGUGGCGUUGGACGACUGGAGAUCGGGGCUGACGAGCGAGAGGGCGGAACCGGGCGGGCCCAGGCCAAGGGAAGACGAAGGGCCCGGACGUAACGUACGCCCGUAUCUGAGCCAAAGCUUUCCUCGAGAGACGUUCUCGGUCCUGAGGGAGUUGCUGGAAUCGGGUCUCCUCACGGACCUGACGGUGGCCACAGAGGACGGGCGCAGCGUCCGCGUUCACUCUUGCGUCCUCGCUGCCGUCAGCUCUUUCGUCGAGAUGAGGUCGAGGGAAGAAGCCCCGAGACGCGAUCGGGGCGAGGUCGCUCCCCGCCGGCGGUCUCCGUUUCUGGGCCCAGAUGUGGAUCAUUGCGGGCUGCGGGCAGUCGUGGAGUUGGCCUACACCGGGGAGCUUCUCACGGGUGCCGCACUACCCCAGACGGAGACAGCGGCUCGUGCGCUCGGAGUUCCGAGACCGUCGGACCUCUGCGCGAAAACGGAACGGGCGGUCUCCGCUUUAGAGGAGAUGAGACGUACCCUUCGGUCUGUAGAGCAGCUGCGGGCAGACGGCGUAGGCUGCGACGUCAUUUCGGAUGCGAGCGGAGCGUCGUUCCACGUCCACAGGGUGAUCCCGGCAGCGAGCAGUGACUACUUCAGAGGCACGUUCACCAGCGGGAUGAGGGAAUCCCGUCAAGCCCGCGUUGCCCUUCCUUUAAAGGAAGCUCCAGAGGUGGCCGCUUUGAUUUGCUGCUGCUACCGCGGGACCCUUCCCGUCAACUGGGACAGCGUCUUCGAGCUCGCCCGCACGGCCCUCCGGUUUCAGUUCCGGUCGGCCAUCUCUCUCCGCCUCCUCUUCAUGAAACGGGAAACGGGCGCGAGUUCCUGCCUGGACGUGGCUUCUUUCGCGGAAGCCUACGGGAUGCCGGAGCUCCUCGAGGAAGCCGACGACUACGUGCUGAGAAACUUCUCGGAGGUGUCCGCAACCGAAAAGUUUCUGGACCUCCAAAUCGAUAAGCUUCUGGAAUUUCUCCGCAGCGACGGUCUGAGCGUGCCGUCUGAGCCGGUCGCGUUCAGAGCCUCGGUGUCCUGGCUGGAGGCGGAUCCCGAAGAGAGACUGAGACACGCCGGCGAACUGACGAGUGGCGUUCGAUUCCAACUCAUGACCUUUCGAGAGUUCAGGGAGGCGAGCGGUCUCGUUUCAGACUUUGACCGAAGGCACGUCAACGGAUUGAGAAAGAGGAGUUCACCUCAUCCGACUCAUUCCUUCCACUUUCCGGUCUCGGGUCUCGGUCAGGGCAAUUAACCUGCGCAUGGAGAUGCGCAAAGACGUGCGACUUCAAGGCGAUACAGCAACUAAGUCAUAACGGGCACCGUGUAUCGGGUGUGGGAUACCGUAUCUUUGAUAUCUUAACUGAGGAAGCUGCUAAUAAAAUGUAGAUUAUUGCUGCUUUGCACUCAGGAUGUGAAAUGUUUGAGUAUAUGUACAGUGUAUACCCCGCAUGUAUGAUUGCUGCGCUCGGAAAAAAGGUCUCAUGAAAUGUACAUGUUCCACGAUUUCCGGUUUUGACAAUAAUUUCCAUUGAAAAGUCAAGUAAAAAGUAAAAAAAAAAAAAAAAGAGAUAGAUAUAUAGUCAGGGUUUACAGAAAGGCUUUAAAUAAAUGGAAAAAAAUAAUACAAAAUAAGACCACAUGUCAUGGCUUUGGCAGUCGUGGCCCAAUGGUUAAGAUCAUCGCCUGCCACUGUGGGGGACCGAGGUUCAAGACCCCGAUUGGACCAUCGGCCAACAUCUCCCGGACUCACGGCUGUGGUGUCCUUGAGCAAAGAAAUUUCGUGCGCAUGCAUGUUCAUGACAACAAGAAGUGAUUGUUCUUCUUCGAAAACUUUUCUCAAGCCUUUUUUAAAUGUAUUAUUUGUGGCCACAAGAUGGCGCCAGCUGGCGGGCGUGCGCCGACAUGGUUACUUCCGAGUGGCGUGUUGGCGGGAAAAUGGAGAACUUGUUGAUCGAUUUAGAAUUCCGAUCGCGGCGCAGGAGGACGCCGACCGACCUCCUUAAUGUUGUUUUUCAAGGGUGGGAAGGGUUUAUUUUGUUUUUGUUUUUUGGUUCAAUGUUGUGCAGCGUGCGACUAAAUGUGGCGCCCGGUCUCGUGUUGUCUUCCGUUUGCGACCAUUGCGUCGCGAGGUGUGGCGCUAAUUGGAGACAGGUGUGCCCCAGGGAGCAAUGACGCGUACGCGGGUGCACUAAUUGCCACCAGCAGAAAAUGGGGGAGCGACUCAGCUGCGUUUUCUCGCGUGAGCAAGCAAAUGUUUGCUGUUUGGGCACGUUUGCCCAGUGGCGAUGUGCUUGUUGUCGGCUUUUUGAGCGGCAGAGCAGCAGCAGCAGCAGCAGCAGCAGCGUGGAAGGAAAGGUUUGUGCAUGGGGUUUGCUUGAGCACAGCACGUUCACACUUCACUUUGGGCUGAGCGUGUUUUAUUUUUGUAAUGCUGGCCAGCUCGUUUGUGUAGUUUUCUUUUGUAUUAUUAUUAUUUUUUUUGAAUUGUUGUAAAUGGGAAUAAAUAAGUUUUGUGAGUAACUGUUUAGUGGUUUUAGUGUUUAUGUGCAGUGAUUUUUGUAUUUAGUUGAAGUUGUACUUUGGUUUAUCUUUUUAGACAUUUUCUGUAUGGUGUUAAAGUUGGGUAUGAACGUUUGGGGAAAAAAGUGAUUCUAUUUGAAAUGUGGUAUUGUAAUACAACCUUAUUUUUUUCCCUUCAAUGUGAAUGUGGAGUGUUUUAUGUAGAUAUGUUUUUGUUUUAUAGUUUAAUCUGAGAUGUUUGAGGUGAAUUUUGAUGUUUUGUACUUUUGGGGGUAUUGUUUUAAAAAAAGAAAAAAUCCUCAAAACACCUGUGGUGUUAUGUAAAAUAAAAAAAAAAUUUUUUUAGUUUUGGUUGUUAUUGUUCA